AUGGUAUAGGAUUUAUUGCCAAGAAGCAUUGUUACAACAAAGAAAUAAUCUACCAAACACAAAUUUCCUUACUGUAGCUGUCACAGAAAUAUGUGUUUCUUUUGUACAGAGUUUUAUGUUACUGCAGAGAAAAUGUCUUGUUUUAAAUGUCUGCAAGUUCUUUGUCAUGUUACUACCACCUGCUGGUCACAUUACGUAUUGCUCUAAAUAGUCAGCAUGCAGCGUCACAUGAUCAGCUUUACAGCAGAUACAGGAAAUGUGCUGCCAGGAAAACAGAUGCAGAAAACGCACACUGGACGGUGAAAACAAGAAAAUAGACGCUAAGGGACUGUAACAACUCCUAAAUUACUGGUCAGAAGGCGCAUACGUUUUUCACGGUGUUUGCUGUGCGAAGAAUAAAAUAAAUGCUGGUGAACAUCAGUUGGAGCGUGGCUUAUCUGUAGCAGUAGAAAACUUUGGGAGCAGUUAUAGUGAAAAACGUAGCCAUUCCAAGAGUGAGAAGCAAGAUUCCUGCACGGCCAGCUUCAAGGACUUCAAUGCAGCCCGCACCAAAGAUCUGCCUGCAUAUUCCUGCAUCAGCUGGACAUCCGAACUGCAGUGGCCCGUUCCAGUCGAGUUCAUGAGGGACCAAGGCAACAUUAAAGGACAGUGCAGUUUUGCAAUAAGUCUCAACGCCUUUGGGAUACCAGGUCAGACUGUAUCUUUAGAGUCUGGAAACAGUUUGUUUUCGAAUUUAAAGCCAUUCAAAAAAAAAAAAAAAAAAAAGCAGCAAAAACAGCAAGAAUGUGAAGAGUGUGUUUUGAAAAUGUACAUUUAUUGGAAGUGUGCAACUUUUGUGAUAUUGUUUAAUAAUUGAGAUAGUGUAUUUUCCUGGUUGUUUUAUAAGUUUCCGUUCAUUGUUUAAUAUUUCAAAGGUUGCAGUUCAGUAUUUAAGUAUUUUUGAAAAUGGAACAUAGUACAUUAGAAACUCGUGUGUUAGAGGACGUACUUGCAUCCUUAGAAGAUGAGAAAGCACAGUUGGAAGAGAACUUAGAAACUGAACUUGAAGAUUCAGAAAGAGAAGAAAUUCAGACACGCAUAGGAGAAAUUUGGGCAGAUCUUGAAAUACAUAAGAUAGGGCUGCCGCUAUUCCGGUGUAGCGACUAAUGGAGUAGGAUGCGCCUCUCUGAGCUCCCGCAGCUACCUUCGCUAAUCCUAUCUCAGGCACACUUUUGUAUCUUUUUCCCGUCUUUUUUCCGCUGUGUGUUUUCCCCACCACCAUAAUUUCAAUUCAACGCUGACCUCUCUUCGAUUAAAAUGCCUCUGAAAGCUAAACCAGCUACACAAACACCGCGGCCUACCCCACCUGCCUCAACCCCGCCUCGUAGUGGCUCCCCCCCCUGCUCGCACGGAGCCGCGGGCACUGACGGCAGCGGCACCCCUCCCUGCCCCGACUUUAAGGCCGAGCUGCUAUCGUCUCUCCGUGUCGAGAUGGCGGCUAUUUUCAAAACCGAGCUACAAGCGGCCCUGACCAAGAAUUUGUCAAACAUCAAGACUGAGCUACGGGCAGUGAAGUCCGAGUUAUCUGACAACAUUAAAAACAUCCAGUCUGAUGUGUGCGCUCUGAAGGGCACCGUCGGAGAAAUGGAAAUAUCGCUUUCCUCCUGCACUGACGACAUCACCACAUUGCAAGCCAAAGUAGAGCACCUGUCAUCAGAACUGACACGACUGGACAAUAAAUGCGAGGAUUUAGAGGCGAGAUCCCGGCGCAAUAAAAUUCGGUUGGUGGGAAUUCCUGAGGAUUUUCCUACCUCUUCUACUGCUACAGCUAUUUCUUCUCUGCUCAAGGAGGCACUGAGGCUUGAGAAAGAGCCUCUCGUGGACCGCGCUCAUCGCACUCCCCAGCCGAAGCCGAGACCAGGUGAGCGCCCCUGCCCCAUUAUAGCUCGUCUGCACUAUCAUAUGGACUGUGUUGACAUACUGCGCCGAGCCAGGGCUCAGCAACGGAUCAAGAUUGGAGACACGAGCUUCUCUAUCUUCCCCGACCACACUCCGAGGACGGCUCGUGCCCGAGCCGCCUUCAAUGAUGUCCGGCGCCAGCUUCGUGAGAUACCGGGGAUACGUUUUGGGCUGCUCUACCCGGCGCGCCUCCGGGUCACACACAACGGUGCAGAGAAGGACUUUAAAUCACCAGAAGAAGCCAGCGCGUUCAUCAGGUCGCUGAACGUGCAAGGGAAAUGAGCAACACAACUAACACUGAAGUAGUGACUUCACAGUUAAUAUUGACAGUAAUUAUUUUUUCAAUUAAUAUGGACAUGUUUCACGUCCUCACGGCCGUUUUGGUCUUUCUUUUCUUUUUCUCACUCUUCAGUGGUUCCCAGUUUAACUUGGUCUUGAUUAGUUCCUUAUUACCAAAUGUUGCUAGGUUUCCGGGAGCUCAAAUCGAAGCCUGACUGUUGACUAUUAGUCUUAAAGCCGUAAGUAUUUCUUUAAGGGAUUCAACUUCUUGUGGAGUUAGCACUGGGUUCACCAU